CUGGAACUAGCUGAGACCAUUCCAGCUCUCAAAAUGGCAGCUUUACAAUGUAAUAGGUCAGUGUGAGUGACACGGUGAGUACCUGUUAGUGUCACACACGUCACUAAAGGACGACAACCAGUUCUUGGGGUAUUGGGGCUGAUUCACGUGUUACCAACAUGAAGACAACUGAGAAGAACCAAACCUCAGAGAUCUACAUACUGACUGGGGAGGAACAAAUGGAGUUUGAUGAAGUUGCAGUUUAUUUUUCGGAGGAGGAGUGGGGCUGUUUAACUGAAGAACAAAAAGAGCUUUAUAAGGAUGUGAUGAUGGAGAAUUACCAGACCCUCAGGUCUCUAGGAUACGUUUAUGUUAAGCCGUACCUUGUUACAAAGCUUGAGCGGGGCGAGGAGCCGUAUAAGCAUGGGGUCCUGCAGAGCCUUCAUGAGGAACUUCACACAAACACUACUGAAUAUAAACACGUGAAGCCGUACCUGGUUAGAAAGAUAGAGUGGGGUGAGGAACCGUCUGUGCGCGGUGUCCUGCAGAUCCCUCAUGAGGAACCUCACACAAGCUCUGAAGAAUAUGAUCAUGUGACUCCUUUCCUAGUUACAAAGACUGAACAGGGUGAGGAGCCGUAUGUGCGUGGUGUCCUGCAGAGCCCUCACGAGGAACCUCACACAAGGUCUAAAGAACAUGAUCAUGUGACUCCUUGCCUAGUUACAAAGGCUGAGCGGGGUGAGGAACCUCACACAAGCUCUGCAGAUCAAUCCAUGAGGUGGGAUAUUCCUAAUCAAGGCCAGAUUGCAGAUUAUUCUUUAACUCACUUUCAAGAUCAAAGAGAUGUAGAAAGGGCAUCAUUUCCAUAUUUUGAAUGUCAGGAUUUUAUUAUCCAGCAACCAGGCGUUCCGCAUCAGGAAAUGUAUGUUGAAGAGAAAGUAUUUUCGUGUUCUGAAUGUGGGAAAUGGUUUCCCCAGCAAUCAAACCUUAAGAGACACAUGAAAAUUCAUACAAUAGAGAAAACAUUUUCAUGUUUUGAAUGUGGGAAAUGUUUUUCUCAGAAAUCAUAUCUUAACGCCCAUCAAAAAAUUCAUUCUGAAGAUAAACGUUUUUCGUGCUCUGAAUGUGGGAAAAGGUUUUCCCUACAAGCGAAUCUUCGGAAACACAUAAAAAUUCAUAGAGAAGAUAAAACAUUUUCAUGUUCUGAAUGUGGGAAAUGUUUUACUCAGAAAACAUAUCUUAAUGCUCAUCAGAAAAUUCAUACAGGAGAGAAAGAAUUUGCAUGUUCUGACUGUGGGAAAUGUUUUAACCGGAAGUCACAUCUUAUUAGCCAUAAGACUAUUCAUACUGGAGAGAAAGAAUUUGCAUGUUCUGAAUGUGGGAAAAGUUUUGCCUGGAAAUCAAAUCUUACAAAACAUGAAAAAACUCAUACAGGUGAGAAAACUUUUUUAUGUUCUGAAUGUGGGCAAUGGUUUACCCGGCUUUCAAAUCUUAGGAGACACCUGAAAAUUCAUACAGGAGGCAAAGUAUUUCCAUGUUCUGAAUGUGGGAAAUGUUUUAUUCGAAAAUCGCAUCUUCGCACUCAUAAGAGAGUUCAUAUACAAGAGAAACCAUUUUCAUGUACAGAAUGUUGGAAAUAUUUUAUAGAUAAAUCUGCUCUUAUUAGUCAUCAGAAAAUCCAUAAAAGAAAGAAAAUAUAUUCUUGUUCUGAUUGUGGGAAGAGUUUUGCUUGGAAAUCAAGUCUUAUCACUCAUAAGAAAAAUCAUACAGGAUUAAAAGCAUUUUCAUGUUCUGAAUGUGGGAAGUCUUUUGUCUGGAAAUCAGUUCUUACUAAUCAUCAGAGAAUUCAUACAGGAGAGAAACCAUAUUCAUGUUCUCAAUGUGGAAAAUGUUUUUCCCAGAUUUCUCAUGUUAGAAAACACCAGACUAUUCAUGUAGAGGAGAAAACAUUUUCAGAUGGGAAUGUGGUAUCAAGUAGUAAUACAAGCCAGAAGAUUUAUACAAGUGAGAAAGAAUUGUCAGUAAACGUUCCUGACGUCAUUCAGGACAAAGUAAACAUCAGAUAAAAAAAUGCCUUUCUAAUAAUGGUUAAGCUGUUAGCUCCCUCCCUAACUGAAGAUAGUGGAAGCAGACUUGUUUUUUUAUAUAAAUCUGCUGUAGAAACAGAAAUGUAAUACAUUUAGAUAGAAGUAACUGUAUUAGCUAAUCAGUUAUAGAAUUAAUGAUGCUUUAAUAAUAGCAUGUUCAGCUUCAAAUUACUGUUACUGGUCUCCUUAUUGCCUUAUAACCACAAUUUUAUUAAAUUAUUUUGUUGAUAAUGAUGGGAGAUAUGAAGUCUGCAUAUACCUGUAAUUUUCUGAUUGUGUUGGAGCAUUUGUGAUGUAUUUAGCCCUUUAAUUGCUGAGCCAUUCCCACCCUGAGCUGUUUUGGAAUUUUUAGAUGCUACUCACAUUUAAGCCCCAACCGUAGGCCAUUUAUCACUGAGAAACCCACAUAGAUUAUAUAUAUCUUUUUUCAGGGGACCCAUCAGAUUAAAAAUAUAGAAUUAUUUUGUGUAUAUAUUGUGACAUUUAUGAAACCUACAACAAAAAAGUGAAAAUGCAUUCUUAAUUACAAUGUUAAUAAACAAAACUAUAAAUACUA